AGUGCCGAUGAGGCCGCACGCACUGUCCUAAUCUUUGCCGCCGUAGGAGACUCCCUUCCUCUGCUUUAUCUUUCUUCUCCCUUGGAAGACCUCGGAAGUACGUCAGCAGGGUUGGGUGUAUGGUGUCUCUGUCAGGUGAUGCAGCAAGAUGAUACGGAGAUCAUACUGUGAACUCGGGGGUGGCCGGAAGCCAAGAAAGCACGCCGGCAGGACGUGCCACCGGAAGCACGUCGAGGACGGGUAGACUCCAUCUGCACCACUUCCACACCACCGUCUCUGACUUGUUGCGUUGUUGUCUUUGAGAGAGAAGAAAGAUCUUGUGCAAGUAGUAUAGAUAUAUAGAUGGAGGACGUGCCACCGCCCUCGCAGUCUUCGGAAGGCCGCAGCGUCCUGCACGGCCGUUACGAGCUCGGCCGGGUCAUAGGACAGGGCACCUUCGGGAAGGUGCACCUCGCGCGGAAUCUCCUCACUGGCAAGAGCGUGGCGAUAAAGGUGGUGGGCAAGGAGAAGGUGAUCCAGGUGGGCAUGAUGGAGCAGGUGAAGCGCGAGAUCUCGGUGAUGAAGAUGGUCCGCCACCCCAACAUCGUGGAGCUCUAUGAAGUUAUGGCCACCCGCUCCAAGAUCUACUUCGUCAUGGAGCUCGUCCGCGGCGGUGAGCUCUUCGCCAAGGUUGCCCGCUCCGGCCGCCUUCGGGAGGACGCCGCCCGCAACUACUUCCGCCAGCUCGUCUCCGCCAUCGACUUCUGCCACGGUCGCGGCGUCUACCACCGGGACCUCAAGCUGGAGAACCUCCUGUUGGAUGAUCAGGGCAACCUCAAGAUUGCCGAUUUCGGACUCAGCGCGUUCGCCGAGCACGUCCGGCCCGACGGGCUCCUCCACACUGCCUGCGGUACGCCGGCUUACGUCGCCCCGGAGGUGUUCGGCAAGAAGGGCUACGACGGUGCCAAGGCCGAUCUCUGGUCCUGCGGCGUCAUCCUCUUCAUUCUCCUCGCAGGGUUUCUGCCGUUCCACGAUGAGAACAUCCUCGCCAUGUACAAGAAGAUUCGGCGCGGCGACUUCCGGUGCCCUCCGUGGUUCUCGUCGGACGCCCGAAGGCUCAUCACCAAGCUACUCGACCCAAUCCCCAGCACGAGAAUCACCGUCGGCAAGCUCAUGGAGAUCCCGUGGUUCAAGAAGUCUUCGGUGCCGAAAGGGGUGCCUGCGCCGGCGGCCGUGGGGGAGAACGGAGACAGAGAAUGGGCGAAGAAAGACGGAGAGGAGCCGGAGACGCUGAACGCGUUCCAUCUGAUAUCGUUCUCGGACGGGUUCGAUCUCUCGCCGCUGUUUGUGGGAGGCGAAAGGAGGGAGGAGGAGAUGCGGUUCGCGACAAGGGAGCCGGCCAGCGUGGUAGUGUCGCGGCUGGAGGGCGUGGCUGCGAUAACGGCAGGGAAGUACCGGGUGACGAAGAGCAGCAUGACGGGGGUGAGGCUGGAGGGGGAGCAGCGGGGAAGGAAGGGAAAGCUGGCAAUAGCCGCGCAGAUCUUCGCGGUGGCUCCGUCGGUGCUCGUGGUGGCGGUCAAGAAGGACGGCGGCGACACCCUCGAGUACCAAAGGUUCUGCAGCGACGAACUCCGCCCUGCGCUCAAGGACAUCAUGUUGGCUUCAUCAUCCGACGGUCAGGCCGCUGCACCCUGACAGUAAUUACUCUUCAUGCCAAUUGUAAUUAUUCAUCAACAAUAACGAGUCGAGUUAAGAGUGUGGAUUGCAUUGUUUGCGUGCUUGUUCGAGGGAUUAACGUUUCGUCUUCGUCUUCGUCGUCUGUAAUCACAUCGAGUGUGUUCAAUGCAUUUGGCAAGGGGAUUUGUAUUGUUCUACUUUUCCAGCAUUGAGUACGAUUUCUUCUA